UUUGGCCGUAGGGUGGCUCGAGCCGCCCCCUAUUUCUCUUAAAAACCAGCCUGGCUUCUAUUGUCCGUCGACUUAUCCCAAACUCAGCAACACAUCAUCGCGCGGAAAAAUGCUGAGACCGAGGCUGGGACUGAGACUGAGGCCCAUGCCGUCUCCGACUCUCUCUCGCAUCCCCACCGUCUCUCUCCAAAGCCCAACUCUUGCUAAACCCUUCCUUCAACUCCGGAACCCCACCGGUACCAGGCUGCGAUUCUUCUUCCUCAGACCUCUCUGUGCGUCCUCCUCUUCAUCUUCCUCUUCCCCUGUGGUGCCCCAAAUCUCUCACUCUUCGAAGUGCUUCGAUGCUGCGGAUAUCCAGCCUUAUCUCUCCUGCUGUAUUCCCAACAAGCGCCUCAGAGUCGCCGUCCUUCUCAGCGGCGGCGUCGAUAGCAGCGUCGCUCUCCGCCUCCUCCACGCCGCUGGCCACUCUUGCACCGCUUUCUACCUCAAAAUCUGGUUCCAAGAAGACUUUGAGAACUUUUGGUCAGAAUGCCCAUGGGAAGAAGAUUUGAAGUAUGCAAAAACCGUUUGUAAUCAGGUUGGUGUCCCGCUAGAAGUUGUGCAUUUGACAGAUGAAUAUUGGAAGAAUGUGGUGUCUUACAUUAUUGAAGAGUAUCGAUGUGGCCGCACUCCUAACCCAGAUGUUCUUUGUAAUACAAGAAUAAAGUUCGGUGCAUUCAUGGAUGCCAUCAGCAGUAUGGAGUUUGACUAUGUUGCUUCUGGACAUUAUGCAAAUAUUGUUCACUCAUCUGUGGAGCAAAUGGAUAACCCUUCUGUUUUAGAACUAUCAAAAGACAUGGUUAAGGAUCAAACAUACUUCCUUUCACAUCUCUCACAGGCUCAGCUCAAGCGAGUUAUAUUCCCACUUGGUUCUAUUCCAAAGGAUGAAGUUCGUGAUCUUGCUACAAAAUUUGAUUUGCCUAACAAAGAUAGAAAGGAUUCACAAGGAAUAUGUUUCCUUGGAAAGAUAAAAUUUAGUGAAUUUGUUGCUAGACAGAUUGGGGAGAGGGAAGGUGUCAUAUUGGAAGCUGAGACGGGAGAUUUCCUCGGCAAACAUCGUGGUUUUUGGUUCUACACAAUUGGUCAACGCCAAGGUCUACGUCUCCCUGGAGGACCCUGGUAUGUUGUUGAGAAGGAUGUUAAAAACAAUGUAGUAUUUGUAUCAAGAAAUUAUUUCUCAUUUGACAAAAGAAGACGCACAUUCCGUGUUGGCUCCUUAAAAUGGUUUAGUGGGUUGCCUCCAAACCAGUUGUCUCAGCUCCAGUGCAAGGUGAGACAUGGCCCUGGUUUUUACAAUUGCAGCUUGACAAUGGAACCUGGUGAAGAUGGUUGUGAAGACAUUGCAGUUGUCCACUUAUCUGAAGAUGAUCAGGGCCUGGCAGCAGGGCAGUUUGCGGCCUUCUACCAGGGAAGUACCUGCUUGGGUUCCGGCGUAAUUUUGGAGUCUUGGGAUGAUCAGGGUUUUCCUGUGUGUGCAAAGGCACUUGAUAUUGCAAGAAUGGAAGAUAAAUCAAAACUUGGGAAACCAGUUAAGAUAAAAGUUUUACCAGAAACUCCUUCGGGGUCAGAUCAGAAAGAUGGUCCAGAACUUUGUAGAGGACUAAAAAGUCCCCAUGUUGCUGCCAUUAAACAUAGAAGACAGGCAUCUAAGGAAGAAACAAUCUCCAGAUUCCCUGCGAAUUGGCUGCAAAAGAUUCGGGAGAAGUGGAUGCAGAUCUUUUAGCUUCUGUGAUCUCAAUUGCAGGAGAAUUGACCACAGUUGGAGAGAAAUCCUACUAGUGAUAAAAAGGUAAGGAAGUUCAUUGGAUUGUUUGGUCUUUGGGUCGUGGCAACUAUUUUACAUCAUCACAUUCUUUGAGAUCAGUUGAUUGCCCACUUUUUCUUUUUCUUUUUUUAUGGGGUGGGCUGAAUCUGCACCAAGCUGCAGAUAUCCAUGUAUCUAAUCUAUGCUGUAUUUAAAUGACGAUUUUAAAUCCCUUUGAGCUUUAAAGAAUUAUUCACUUGCAAGGCAUGAGGUACUAUUUUCUUCAGCAAUUGAGCUUCAGAAUUCAGAUCUUACUGA